AUGAAGGUAGUACGUUGUCGCACGAUGUCGAUGCUUGUGGAAACGUCUAUCGAAAAUUUGAUAGAAGAAAUUGAAAAGAGACCAGCACUAUAUAAAAAACAACUAAAAGAAUACUCUGAUAUAAAUCUGAAGAAAAAACUAUGGGAAGAAGUGUGUGAAGUAGUUAUUCCCGAUUGGAAUGAGCUUGGUGCCCAGGAAAAAACAAAACAAGGUAAAAGUAAUGGCAUGAGUGCCAUCAAUCAAAUUCAUUAUCAAAUGAAAAAUAAUAAUCUACUAAUAAUACUCUAA